UUUAAUGAUUGGUAAUUGAAAAGAAUUAAUCACAUUUGUCUUAAUUUUUUGGGGGUGCAUCAUUUACCUCUAAUUUUGUCUUCUGCAUUCUCUGGCCCUACGCAUUGACACUGCGUCGUGUGCUUGUUGUUGUUGUUGUUUAGAAAUUGUCUGAAAGUUGUCCUAAAGUAUGUCAGAUUUAGAGAUUUGUCGUUUAGCAUACGAAGGAGAUCUUCGGGCAUUGACGGAACAAGUUGAAGCCGACAAGAGCAUUAUCAAUAAAUUGGAUAAGAGUGAGAGAACAGCACUUCACUGGGCUGCAUCAGGGAAACGCAUUGAUGUUGUUCGGUAUAUCCUGGAGCUGAAACCAGCUGUCAAUGUUAACAUCAGAGAUGAUAGUAACUGGACACCACUUCACAUUGCCGCCUCUGUCGGCCAAGAAGACAUUGUGACUGUUUUAGUCAGCAAGGGGGCAGAGGUCAACUCGGCCAAUAGUACAGGUCAGACACCGUUACACUAUGCCGCAUCCAGGGACAGGCAGAAAGUCGCUGAGAUUCUACUUGAGCAUGGUGCCGAUACUAACAUAGCGGAACGGGUAGGGGCGACCCCCAUGCACAGAGCAGCCUCAAAGGGAAAUCUGGAGAUUGUCAAACUCUUACUAAACUACAACUGCCGACUGGAUCAACAGGACUGUGUGGGAAAUACAGCACUACACAUGGCGUGUGAGGAAGACAGAGUGAAAGAAGCUACCGUACUAGUUCAGCAUGGUGCUUCAUUACACAUAACCAACAAAGAGGAGCAGACGCCGUUAGAUCUUGCUCAGGUUGGACUGGCGAGUACGUUGUCCAGGCUUAAAGAAUGAAGAUAUUCUCGCUCAUCUUCUGAUCAUGGUAUUCUGUAUGCAGAGCAUGACCAUAGUACGGAUUAGGUUUCCGAGGUGUGGCUUUGGUGUUUGAGAAAAACAAUGUUAAAGCCAGUUUGACUGUUGAGUUGAUGUUGAACACUGUGCCAAGGUUUUUUAAAUUGACGCUGCUCUAAUGCUAAAAGCUAUUCAGCCUCGACGCUAUGGACCAUGCAAGGGAUGUGAUUUGACAAAUGUGAACAUUCUUGAAAAACAGCUGAAGGCUGGCCUGGUUUUCCCUUAUUCUAGACCAAGAACUUUCCAGAUGUUACAAUUCAGGAGGUGUAUAGACUCGAUGCAUUACUAAAACAUUACAGGUACAAAAUGUAUAGACACAAUUUCAUUCUCCCUUUGGUGACUAAAUGCUUAUUUCAACAACAAUUUUUAAAGAAGAGAUUUUGAGAAAACCCUGAGAAAUCACAUGCCUGCUAUUUAUCUGUCACUCUCCCAACUCCUGGCACGAAAAAACUUGAAUAAUACACAAAUGCAGAUUGGCUCAAAUGAAUGUUGCUCUUUGUAAUCGUGUUGAGAUGUUUCAAAAGUUGUCAUUCGAACAUAGACACUUUUUAACACAUUGUAUGGUUAUUGGGUUGUAGUGAAGAAACCAUGUCCAUACAUGUAGGUCUGAUUCAAGCUUGUCAAUAUGAGUUAUUGAAGAAUUGAUAUAUUGGUAAUACAAUUACUUCAAUGAUACCAUUGGUCAAUAGACCGAUCCAGUAGGCUCCGCCCACGGAGCACAUGUGAGCCAGAACACAUGAGUCUCUCCAAUGCCAUUCUGCACAGUCCUGUCGCGCAUGCCAAGCAUACACGCACGCAUGUCAGACUUUAUUUGUCAGACUUUUGGUUGUACAAUGGGUUGUGAUUGGUCAAUACGCAAUGGGUUGGACCUUAAUGGAUCGGUCUAUUGAUUACAAAUCAUAUCAGUUAAAUGAUCAGUUGAUUGUUUGAUAAUACUAUUACUUCAUUGAUGUUAUUGGACAAUUAGGACCUACCGUUCAUAUCAGUUUACCUCCUUGCACUAACAUCACACAAGACUAUUGUCUGCCACUCUCACCAUUUGGUGUCAAAUUGUACUUACAAAUUAUGGUAAGCCGGAUGUGUAGCCUAAAAUGCACACUAAACUCAAUAGUGCUCUUAAAAUGGUGCAACCAAGAUUAUUGCAGUGAUGAUUAAGUCAGGUGAAUUGGGUCAAUACAAAGGACAAUAGUUUGGUUUGGGUGAAGUAAGAAUUAAAACCAAGAACUUGUCCUUUUAUGUACUGCCCCAAAACCGGGAGGUUAAAAGAACUUGUCCAGCUGUAUAUCCCAGGCUACUUUUGUUUGACCAUUUCACUGACUUUUUUUUCAUUCCUACCGAACCAUAAACCAACAUCAUUCUUCAGUCUAUUCUACAUAUCAUCAAUUAUUUAAAUAAGUUAACACUUUGCUCAAUUUCUUGUCAAAACAACUUGUAUACUGUUAUUGGUCCUCGUUUGGCAUAUUUAUGUACACAGUUUUAUAGCUAAAUGGAUAUAUAUAUAUAUUCUUCACAAGAAUAAAAGCUAAAAUUGUACAUUCUGGAAUGUGAAGUGUUUGGAAUUUUUGUUAAAAAAAUAAAUGAAGGCCAGUAUUAUGAACAACUUUUCCGGAAUUUGACUUGAUUUAUAGUCCGUUUACUCAAGGUUUUAUUUUAAAACCUACGUCUGUCACAGAUACUGUGUUGUGAGACCUGUCGUCGAUUUCACAAAGAGUUAGGACGAGUAACUCGUCUUAACUUAGGAUUAAUCUUAAGGUCUGCAUGCUACA